UGGUGAGUGGUACGAGCCCCCACUUCGGGAGGCUGCGGGUCGGUCUGCUGAGGGUCGAAGCUCUUCCUGAUCCGAUCGACUAACCUCGAUCUCACAUUUAAUGUUGGCCAGUCUCGGGUCCGUAGGGGAAUCCCGAGCGACUGGGCCUAUCACAUAUGCCAAUGCUGAUUUGAAGAGUGGAAUGGAGGAUUUGCAUGAGGAGGUAAAUUUCAAUAGGGGAGUUGUGUGGAUUGAUGGUUGGAAGGCGAUUAAAAGAGUCUUUGGGGAAACAAGGCUCUUGAUCGCUGAUAAACGGGUGUUGCUAAAGCAUGCUAAGGAGCGAUUGCAACAGGGAGGUACUGUAGUCUUCCGGCGAAUCGUGAAGAUGAAAACUACGACGGAGAAGAAUAAGCAGCAGCUCACAUCACUCCUUAGACGCCCGAGACCGGUUACACAACUGGCGAAUCUGACUACGAACAAGCUUAUAGGGCUAUACCGGGCAGCUGGUUGUUUCACAGAGAAGAAAAAUAAGCUUGCUUUACGUUGGAGGAUUGACAGCGCAAUCAGGAAGAAGAUAGGUACUGGAGUAAGGAGGAAGGUCAAUGUGAAGCUACGUUUCGACUCCUGCAUACGAAAGCGCGGGAUUCGGAGGAUGGUCGAGCGAGUGAUUGACUGCAAGCUACGAGACAAUGUUGUAGCAGCUUUCAUGAAGACCAGGAUCCGAGUGGUUUGGAUGAGGAACAAGACGGUGGGACAACUGUUACAUAACCAGAAGAUCUUCGCAGUGGAGGAGGAAUUCCUGUGUAAGUGUGACAGAUUCAAUCUCUCGAAAGUGGAGGGCCAUGUGGCGACAAGGUUUGCUGAUCUGGACGACGUUCCGACAUUUCUACGUAACUCGAAGAACAUCACGCGAGUUAGCACGACACUGAAGAAGGACACUUUGAUCCAGACGGUCCUGGACGUGACAAAGCACAUCCGGGGAGCGGCGCCAACACUUAGAGUCCCCGAGGGCAUCAUUGAUGAGGGGAGGCUCACAUCACUGGCCAGGACGGAUGUCGAGGUUAAGAGAUGGAGCAAGGGACUAAGUGGCUUGGUUUUGGUGCCGGUAGACCGAAAUCAAGGGGACACUGCCGUCUUCUGUUCGGUCCUGUACAGACACGCUUUUGGGAAGAUUUUUCUGUGGAACACCAACUACCACGAGGUCGGCACGAUCGAGUCGGAGGCUGAGUUUCUGACUCGCUGUAAGAGGGAUUUCACGGAAGCAGGACUGCAUGUUUUUGGUCUUGGCGAGCUGAUGGUAGAUUGGGAACGGCGUACGUAAUUCCCAAGCAUAAGGACCUCGGAAGGUGGAGGCCGAUAGCACCAUCUCCUUCCAACCUUGCAGCAAUUACGCAGAAGAGGAUAGCGAGGGCAUUGCACUAUCUGCUGUUGAGGCUCCCGACAAGGAGUUCAUUCUACCUCAAUUCAGUUGCUGAUCUGCGGGAAGGGAUGGAAUCAGCAACACGAAGAAUGAAUGCAGCUGGCUGCU